UUCACCCGGAAACAACAGCGGGAAUAUCGAGGGCAAGAGUGUGGUUAUGAGUAUAUCGCUGCAUUUAUGUUAACACUGUGUUAUUAUUGUCUGCAUGGCAGUGUGGUUAUCUGGGGUUAGGGAACCAUGUUGAAAUUUAAAUACGUCAGUCAGGGAACUCUGAGAACACCUUGCUCCUCCGCUGACCCAAUCACCAGUCGCAGCUUGCGUCUCAACCAGGUGUUUCAGGGAAGAGUGAGCCUGUGCGGCGGUCAGCAGGGAGGAUGCAGCUUAGGACGGGAGGAGUUUCUGGAGGCUCUGUUGCUUCUCUACCAAGAGUGCACAUCCCCUGAGCUAAUGAAGAUUCAACAUGUGGCAAAGUUUGUCCAUAAAUUUUCUGAGACCGUCUCCGAGCUGCGUGCCCUGCAGCCAGCGGUUCAUGACUUUGAGCUAUGUGCAGUGGUCGGCCGUGGUCGCUUUGCUGAAGUUCGAGUAGUUCGAGAAAAAGCCACCGGCGAUGUUUGUGCACUGAAAACGAUGAACAAGGCCGUGCUACGUACUCAAGAAAAUGUUGUUUUUCAUGAGGAGGAACGGAGGAUUCUGGCUCUGAAUAGUAGUCCAUGGAUUCCACAGCUUCUUUAUGCCUUUCAGGAUAAAGAUCACGUCUACCUGGCCAUGGAGUACUUGCCGGGCGGUGACCUGAUGUCUCUGCUGAACCGAUACGAGGAUCAAUUUGACGAGUCAAUGGCUCAGUUUUAUUUGGCUGAGUUGGUAGAAGCCAUUCAGGCAGUCCACCAGCUGGGUUACGUCCACAGAGAUGUCAAACCAGAGAACAUUCUCAUCGACCGGACUGGUCACAUUAAGCUCGCCGAUUUUGGAUCAGCUGCCAAGUUGACUGCAAACAAAACCGUAGCUACUGCCACAGUACCUGUUGGUACACAGGACUUUCUGUCCCCAGAGGUCCUGACAGUCAUAAACGGCGGCUCUCAGAGCACCUACGGGGUUGAGUGCGACUGGUGGUCCCUUGGCAUUAUUGCAUACGAGAUGAUCUAUGCCAAGUCGCCUUUUUCUGAUGCCACAUCUACCAAGACCAUCAACAACAUUCUCAAUUUUCAGCGUUACUUAAAGUUUCCAGAAGAGCCUCAUGCCAGUAAGCAGUUUGUUGACUUGGUGCGGAGCUUGCUGUGUGGAGCGAGAGAGCGUCUGGGCUACCAGGGACUGCGGUGUCACGCCUUCUUCUCAAAUGUAGACUGGAACAACUUAAGACAAGUUCCACCGCCUUUCGUUCCUGCGUUGCAUGCUGAGGAUGACACCUCUAAUUUUGAGGAGCCGGAGCAGGCUGCCCCCUGGCCAGCCUCAGCAACCCAGCGAGGAGCUGUGCCAGCAGGCUUCCGGGGCCAGGAUCUGCCCUUUCUAGGCUGGUUCUUCAGCAGAGCAUUAACAGCAUUGGCCAAAUCUGAGUCAGUGUCUGCAGGCCUCAACUCACCUGCUAAGACCAACUCUAUGGAAAAGAAGCUUCAUCUGAAAAGCAAAGAAUUACAGGAAACUCAAGACAAAUGCCAUAAGAUGGAGCAAGAAAUCUCCAGGUUCCAGCGUAAAAUGACUGACCUGGAGUCAGUGCUCCACCAGAAGGAUGUGGAGCUGAAGGCGUCCGAGACGCAGAGAAGCAUCCUGGAGCAAGACCUCGCCACCUACAUUACUGAGUGCAGUAGCCUGAAGCGGAGCUUGGAGGAGGCACGCGUCGAGGUCUCCAGAGAGGACGAUAAGGCCAUGCAGCUGCUGCACGACAUAAGAGAACAGAGCAACAAGCUGCAAGAAAUUAAGGAACAAGAGUACCACGCCCAGCUGGAGGAGAUGCAAGUGACCAUCAGGCAGCUGGAAGAAGACCUUUCAGCUGCAAGGCGUCGCAGCGACCUCUACGAAGCCGAGCUGAGAGACUCCAGGCAAACAAGCGAAGAACUUAAACGAAAAGCAGUGGAAUACCAGCAAAGAAUCCAAAAGGCUAAAGAGCAGGGAAAAGCUGAAGUGGAGGAGCUUCUUUCCAAACUUGAGAAGACCAACUCUGAACAGCAGGUGAAAAUCCAAGAGCUCCAAGACAAACUGUCUAAGGCAGUGAAAGCGAGCACAGAAGCCACGGAGCUGCUGCAGAAUGUCCGACAGGCCAAAGAGCGACUGGAGCGGGAUCUGGAGCGCCUGCGGGGGAAAACCGACUCCAGUGAUACUUUAAAGCGACGUCUGAGAGAGACGGAGCAGGAGGGCAGGAAGACCCUGGAAAACCAAGUAAAGAGGCUGGAGAUGGUCGAGCGUCGGGAGAAUAAGCUGAAAGAUGACAUUCAGACCAAAUCUCAGCAGAUCCAGCAGAUGGCCGAAAAGAUCCUGGAACUGGAGGAGAACCUGAGGGAUGCCCAGUCAACGGCUCAGAGGAUGGAAACUCAGCUGGUUCAGAAGGAGAGGCUUUAUGAAGAUAAGAUCAAGGUCCUGGAGUCCCAGAUGAAGGCAGACAUGUCUGAGAAGGAGAGCCUCGAGGCAAAAAGGGCACAGCAGGAGGAGGAGUCUAGAGAGAAUUGCAAACUAAUCAGCGAACAGAAAGCUACCAUCAAUGCCAUGGAUUCCAAGAUGAAGAACCUGGAGCAGCGCAUCGCUGAGCUGUCCGAAGCUAACAAGCUGGCUGCCAACAGUAGCAUCUACACCCAGAAGAAUAUGAAAGCCCAGGAGGAGAUGAUCUCAGAACUUCGUCAGCAAAAGUUUUACUUGGAGUCUCAAGCAGGCAAGCUGGAGGCUCAGAAUGCCAAACUGGAGGAGCACUUGGAGAAAAUGAGUCAGCAGGAGCAAACCAGGAGAAGCCGGCUGAUGGAGCUGGAGAGUCGGCUGCGGGAGAUGGGCCUUGAACAUGAAGAAGAGAAACUGGAGAUUAAGAGACAGGUGUCAGAGUUGACCUUGUCUCUUCAAGAGCGCGAGUCCCAGAUCAGUAGCCUGCAGGCUGCACGCCUCGCCCUGGAGAGUCAGCUGCAGCAGGCGAAGACGGAGCUGGAAGAGACCACUGCUGAGGCAGAGGAGGAAAUCACUGCACUGAGGAACCACAGAGACGAUAUUCAGCGCAAAUUUGAUGCCUUAAGGGACAGUUGCUCAGUGAUCACUGACCUGGAGGAGCAGCUUACGCAGCUGAGUCAGGAGAAUGCUGAGCUGAACCGCCAGAACUUCUACUUGUCAAAACAGCUCGAUGAAGCAUCGGAUGAGAGGGAGGAUAAGAUGCAGCUCAGCCAGGAGGUGGACCGCCUUAGGAGGGAGGUGGCUGACCGGGAGAUGCACCUCAACAACCAGAAGCAGAACAUUGAGACACUGAAGACAACAUGCAGCAUGCUGGAGGAGCAGGUGGUGGAGCUGGAGUCUCUGAACGACGAGUUGCUGGAGAAAGAGAGACAGUGGGAGGCAUGGAGAGGAGCUCUGGAGGACGAAAAAAACCAAGCAGAGAGACGGACCAGAGACCUGCAAAGACUACUGGAUAAUGAAAAGCAGAACAGGCUUCGUGCAGAGCAGCGCAGCACCGAGUCUCGUCAGGCAGUGGAACUGGCUGUCAAGGAGCAUAAGGCUGAGAUACUGGCGUUACAACAGGCUUUGAAGGAGCAAAGACUGAAAGCUGAAAGUUUGUCUGACACUCUCAACGAUCUGGAGAAGAAGCACGCAAUGCUGGAGAUGAACGCUCGCAGCUUGCAGCAGAAACUGGAGACUGAGAGGGAACUGAAACAGAGGCUGAUGGAAGAGCAAGCGAAGCUGCAACAGCAGAUGGACCUUCAGAAAAGUCACAUUUUCCGUUUGACUCAAGGCCUUCAGGAUGCCCUGGACCAAACAGACAUGCUCAAAACUGAAAGGACAGACCUGGAGUACCAGCUGGAAAAUAUACAGGCUGUGUACUCCCAUGAGAAAGUAAAAAUGGAGGGCACCAUCUCCCAGCAGACCAAACUCAUUGAUUUCCUGCAGGCCAAAAUGGACCAACCCACCAAAAAAAAGAAGGGUAUCUUUGGACGGCGGCGUGAAGAUGUAGGCACCACUACUAAUGGCGCUCUGGCUCAACAGGCCCAGCCGGCAGUCCCCAUGCCGUACGGUGACAUGAAAAUGGCCUUGGACAAGGAGCGCUCUAGGUGUGCAGAGCUGGAGGAGGCGCUACAGAAGAUGAGGAUAGAGCUGCGCUCCCUCAGAGAAGAAGCGGUUCAUUUCAAAGCCCAGGAACAUGUGGCUCCUUCCACACCAGCCCAGGCUCGACACCAGAUCCUCAUGUCGGCCAUCGUCAAAUCUCCAGAACAUCAGCCCAACCCCAGUAGCCUGCUCAACCCCUCCACUCGCUGCAAGGAGACGUCUACACCUGAAGAAAAGAGGAGGGUCACGUUUGAAAAAUUUGGUCGCCGUGUGAAGGAAAGAAUGCACCACAACAUUCCUCAUCGUUUCACUGUCGGCCUCAACAUGAGGGCUGCCAAAUGUGCCGUCUGCCUGGACACUGUUCACUUUGGACGGCAGGCUGCCACUUGUUUAGAGUGCCACACCCUGUGCCACCCCAAGUGUUCCCCGUGUUUGCCAGCCACGUGUGGUCUGCCAGCUGAGUAUGCCACUCACUUCUCAGAGGCUCUGUGCAGAGAAAAGACAAACUCACCCGCUUUGCAAAUGAAGGAGGCCACUGGGCAUGUUCGUCUCGAAGGCUGGAUGAAGCAGCCUAGAAAUGGCAAACGCGGCCAGCAAGGAUGGGAGAGGAAAUAUGUGAUUCUGGACGGAACCAAACUAUCAGUCUAUGAUACUGAACCUGCAGAAGACUCUCUAAAGGCCGAGGAGGAGUUUGAGCUGUGUUUAGGUGACGGAGAGGUCACAGUUCAUGGAGCCGUCGGUGCCUCUGAGCUCAUCAACACGGCCAAGUCGGACAUUCCAUAUGUGUUGAAGCUGGAGUCCCAUCCCCACACCACAUGCUGGCCGGGCCAGUGCCUCUACUUCAUGGCUCCCAGCUUCCCUGACAAGCAGCGCUGGGUGGCAGUGCUGGAGUCUGUCAUGGUCGGUAGCCGGGGGUCUAAAGACAGAGCAGAAGCUGAGGCGGCAGGCGUUUCUAAAAGACAGAAGAACCUAUCACCUCUGGUUCAGAAACUUCUGGGCAACUCUCUGCUGAAGCUGGAGGGGGAUGACCGCUUGGACAUAAACUGCACCCUACCUCUCACAGACCAGAUUGUUCUAGUUGGCUCUGAGGAGGGUUUGUAUGCUCUCAACGUCAUCAAGAACUCUUUGACGCACAUCCCUGGACUGACUUCGGUUUUCCAGAUCCAGAUCCUGAGGGAGCUUGAUAAGCUGCUGAUGAUCACUGGGGAGGAGAGAGCGCUGUGUUUGGUGGAGAUCAAGAAGGUGAAACAGUCUUUGUCACAGUCCCAUCUCCCAGCUCAGCCUGACCUCAACCCUUUCAUCUUUGAGACAGUGAAAGGAUGCCACCUCUUCUCUUCUGGAAAGAUCGAUAACGGACUCUGCAUCUGUGCUGCGAUGCCUAACAAGAUUACCAUCCUGCGACAUAAUGAAAGCCUCAACAAGUUCUGCAUCAGAAAGGAGAUUGAGACAUCAGAGCCAUGCAGCUGUAUUCACUUCACUGGAUACAGCAUCAUAAUUGGCACAAAUAAGUUCUAUGAGAUCGAGAUGAAGCAGUAUGUGCUGGAAGAGUUCUUGGAUAAAAACGACGUAACGCUGGCUUCAGCUGUCUUCGCUGCGUCCUCCCACAGCUUUCCCAUCUCCAUCAUCCAAGUCACCACAGCCCCACAGAAGGAUGAGUACCUGCUCUGUUUCCACGAGUUUGGUGUGUUUGUUGAUGCAUAUGGCCGCAGAAGUAGAACAGACGAUAUCAAAUGGAGCCGUCUGCCUCUCUCAUUUGCCUACAGAGAGCCCUACCUGUUUGUGACUUACUUCAACUCUUUGGAUGUUAUUGAAAUUCAGGGACAUGCUGCUCUUGGGUCACACUCAUAUGCACACUUGGACAUCCCAAACCCACGUUACCUUGGCCCAGCCAUUUCCUCUGGGGCCAUUUACUUGGCCUCAUCCUACCAGAACAAACUGCGGGUCAUUUGCUGCAAAGGCAACCUGGUGCAGAGUCAAGAAGGUGGAGGAGAUCUGCAGCGCAACGGCUCGGGACGGAGUCCCAACAAGCGUGGGCCACCCUCCUACAAUGAGCACAUCUCCAAAAGGCUCGCCGCCAAUCCUCUGGUCCACGGCGACCCCGGCACACCCCACCGCUACAGAGAGGCCCGCACAGAGUUUCGGCGGGACAAGUCUCCGAGCCGCCCGCUGGAGAGAGAGAAGUCCCCCGGCAGGAUGCUGGAGAGCCGGAUAGUUGGGUCUCCCGGCAGGGCCAUGGCUGACCCCAGGCUAGAACGUUCCCCGGGCAGGGCCAUGGCAGACCCCCGCAUGGACCGCUCCCCCGGCCGGAUGAUGGACGUUCGAAGGGAGAGGUCACCUGGAAGGUUUGAGGAGCGCCAGAGACUUCAUACCGGCUCUGGGCGCACGCCCAUAAACCCCGUCAACAAGGUGUGGGACCAAUCAUCCGUUUAAGAAUCAGCGGAGCCACGCGCCCAUCAUGGAAGGAGAAACUCGUCUUUUUCAAAGAACCAGUGAGAACGUUGCAGACUCGUCUUGAAACACUGCCUAUACUUAAGUACCUACACAGAAAAACAACCGUAGCUGUCGGAUAUUAAAGGUAGUAUUAGAGAAAAUAAAGAGAUGUCCUUCAAAUUAGGCUAUAUUUUCAAUGAAGAACAAAAUGUCAUACUGGCCACAUAAACCUGGUUUUUAUGAAGUUUUUAGCACAUGUUAAUAAUUUGCAAAGAAAAAGCUAAGAUGUGGGUUUUCACAUCAAGACUGGACUUGGUUGGUUUUGCUACUUACAGAUAUACCUUCACAUGCUGCUUACUACAACAUAAGCACAGUCUUAGACACCUAACCUUAAAGUCAUUCGCAGCCACCAGUGAUGGAUGGUUUAAACUGGUUAAAAUCAACAUCAUUAAAUUCGGCUCCGCUCCUCCUCAAACUCCUUAACUACAGAUCGGGGCAGACGUGUAGCAUUGCCUCCUCCGGCUCCAGCCUCCACACACAAUCGGCUAAUUGCAAUCAUCUUCAGCUGGUCAUCUGUCCACGCCUGACAGGCUCUGGCCGCAAAGCAAACAGAGAAAAAGUUCAGUGUCGCCCUGGAUCUCCGUUUGCCCUCCUGACAGGUCAACACUAAAAAAAACAAACAAAAAAAAAUGCACUACCCACAGCCCGCACUACCCACAGCCCGCACCCCCAGCAGCGAUGGAGCAGUACCUUUCUAAUCCUUCAGAACACAAUCUGAGUGUAAAUAGAUGAGACAUAAUUUUAUAUAUAUAUUCUGAGAGGGAAUUUCAAGGCUGGAAAAGCCGUGUCUAUUUUUGUUAAAGAACAAAGUGAUAAAAUAGUCCUCUUGAAUGUCCGAUGAGUAUUCUUUUAACACGUCCUAAUGCGUCUUUAUCAAGUGAGUGAUUGUAUCUGGAUCUGACUCGUGUAUGCACUUCCAUCUGUCAAAAAGGGAAAAACCUCAGUACUGAAUCAUAUAUGAAGGAAUGAAGGGGGGGGAAGAAACAAUCAUGUUUAGAGUUUAAAACGUUAGUAUCUGAGCAUUUCUUUUUGUACAGUGUUCCUUACUGUUGUAUAUAAAUUGAAAAUGUUCAAAGUGAAGAUGAAAAAGAUUUUUUUGGUUUUGUUUUGUUUCCUUUCUCUCCCGAUUCGUAAAUGGCAUGGAUAUGUAUAUCUGAAACGAAACGGAGUGUUGUCUUCUGCUUCUGCCUCAUCGAGUUCCACAAUCUUACAAAGCACGUAAAUAUUAACUACCUUGUGUGAACUAUCUGCUCAGUGAAGUCAUGUGACGAUGACUAAAUCCUAGCCUUUUAUUAUUAUUAUUUUGAGUUGAGACAUCCACUUCAUUCAGAAGAUUAGUAAAAUUAUCCAUCCAUGUUGGUUCAAAAGACAAAUUUAUUUCUGAACUUCAGUUUUCAGUCAUGGUUCUUGAAUGUAAGCAGAUGAGAUACCUCACUUUAACCUGCCCAGUUUUUUCUUCUCAGCAGUAAGGCACUCGGUUUGAAGUUAUUUCUGGAAUUUUUAAACUCCUUUAUAAACUUAAAAACGCUUCCUGAAUGUAUUAAAAGUCAAGAAGAUGGAGCUGAUUUUGCCAGUGUUUAACAAAAUGCAACAGAUUGCACACAUUUUCAGCCGGUCUCUGUAGGACUCUGUACAAAAGGGUUGCCCACAUAUUUUCAUUUUUAUUUUUCUAUUUCAUCGUCUUUAUGCUUUACAUAUUCCGGAUCAUAAUGCUGUUAUGCUGGAUAUGAUAUUGAUGUCUGCUAACAAAUGUUUAAUUAGCAUUUCCUGUAGAGAUUUUGUCACAGAAUAUUAAAUAUUAUAACCAUUGUCUUUCACUUA